GACGGCGUGUUUCGGCCAAGAUUUGUCAGUGAAACCAGUGCCAAUGAGCGUGAAUAUAUGGCGGCGCGAGUACUUUUACUGAGCAUCUUGUUUACAGAAGUGCUAAAGCCCGCUUGUGCCGCAGGUGUCAAAGAAAUUGGAGCCGGUUUACACAGUAAAAACAUUUCUAAACCAGAAAGUUUCAACAAUAGUCCAACCAAAGGUUCUGGCAUAACAUUGGAAAUUCAACCUAGUGGUCAUGUGAUAUUAGGGAAAAAAGGAAUUACACUUAGUUGUAUAGCUGGUUCAAAUCAAAAUAUAACCUGGUUACACAAUGGAGUAUCAGCACCACCAUGUGGUAUUGCACGUUGUACACUCCUCCGAAAUGGCUCUCUUCACUUACAUAAGAUGGUGCAGAAGUUUAAAGAAAAAAACAAUACUACAGUUAAUUUUAAGGAUUAUAUUAAAGAUGAGUACCGUUGUGUAACACGUACUAAUUUAGGACUUCUACGAUCGUCCCCUACAUUUAUACAAAUAGCUGAACUUGCCCAUAUAUUUAAAGAAUCACCUGAAAAUAUAACUGUACACGAAGGUGAAGUAGCAAGAUUAUCUUGCUUAAUUGAUAGUGUUCCUUUUCCUCCUAAUAUCACAUGGCAGCAUAAUGGAAAAACAUUGUUGCCCAAUCAUAAUAACUCAAAUAGGUAUUUUAUGGUACCACCAGGUGUUCUGUACAUAAAAGCAACGAAGUUAUCAGAUGCUGGUUCAUAUAGAUGCAUAGUAAAUAAUGAAUUCCUGAGAAAAACCAAAAAAAGUAAAGAGGCAAAAUUAAACGUUAUCUCUCGGCCGGAGGGUAAUGGAUCGCAUACGCCACCGUUGUUGUUUCCCCAAGUUCCAUACAAUCAUUGGUUGCUGAAUGGAACAAAUCUUAGUUUAGCGUGCGCUGCAUCUGGAUAUCCACCUCCAUUUAUGACGUGGACGUUUAUUCCUCGCUAUAUUGAUAAUCAUACUGUUGCACAACCUCGCAUUUUAUUUAAUUCUAGUACCGGCAUUAGCAUAUUGUCAUUAAUAAAUGUGAGUGUAUCUGAUGCAGGAGUAUAUCUAUGUUCUUUGAAAAACAUUGUUACAAAUAAUUCGGAGAUUCAGAAUAUUACGGUGGAUGUUUUGGUGCCACCUUCAUUCUUGAAAACACCCAAAAGUCAAGUAUGCCCAAAUGGAAGAACUGCAAGAUUCGAGUGUCAAGCACAGGGGUUGCCUGUGCCUAAAAUAUAUUGGUUAAAAGACUCAUUAAAUAUUACAAUUAACGGACGUAGGACUACAUAUAUAAAGGAAGAUAACAAAACGGAGCUGGCGAUAUCAGCAACGGUUCCUUCAGAUUCUGGUAUUUACCAAUGUGUUGCUGUGAACUCGGCGGGAGAAAUUUGGGCCGCAGGUCGGCUUCAAGUGAACACAUCUCGUAAUAGUCUUGCUGCACCUACCUCUCUAAAAUGUCAUGCUCUAUCACCAGUUAAAAUUUUUAUUUCCUGGGAUCCACCAAAGUUUCUACCACACACCAGUAUUACUGCUUAUACCGUCCAUUACAGUCCCGUAGAAGGAGGGAAGGAAGAAGUUUCACCACCUGAACCUGGUAAUUCUACGUCGGUCGAAGUGACGAAGCUUCUUGAACCGUUUACUAAUUAUUCCUUCUAUAUACGAGUGUGGAACAAUAAUGGUCCUAGCGAUCAGUCAGCCACCAUUUUGUGUUCUACAGCUCCAAGUGUUCCUAUAAGUGUACCAAAAGUAAAAGUGAAUGUAAUUAGUAGUACAAAAUUAAAUGUAUCAUGGGAACCACUCGCUAAGAAAGUCGCCCGUGGUAUCGUGGUACAAUACAAAUUACAGUACAGACGGCAUGAACACCCAUCUUUUCGUGUUCUUCAUUUACCUGCGACUGUUCAAUCCUAUGUACUUUCUGAUCUAAUACCUGGAGCACAAUAUGAUCUACGAAUACUAGCAAGAACAAAUCAAGGCUGGCCUAAUAUGAGCGAAUCACAGCUGGAAUGGACCACUGUGACAAUGCCAUCUGCUGAAUCAAUUGUUAUCAAAAACAUUGUGGACAUACAAGUGCUAAUCAUAAAUUCUUCGACUGUGAAGGUAAAAUGGAAAUUAAAUGUUAAAGAAAAUGAUAAAAUCGAAUCAGAAUUUGAUCUUUGGCAAAUCUAUUGUGAAAAUCAAAAUGGACAUAGAUUGACAAGUAUUUUUUUACCGCAAAAUGUUACUGAACACAUAUUUAGCAGUCUUGAUGUGAAUGUUCCAUAUACAGUGGGUUUGUGUAUGAUGAUAAGCACUGGUGAAACGACAGCUUGCCUGACAAAGCAGGUAGAAACUAUUCCACCUGAUAUAAGUAAUGUACCAAUGGCCUUUGAAGCUAUUCCUGUUUCACCUACUACCAUAAACGUAACAUGGUCAUUGAGUAAUGUGCAUGAUGUGGAUUCUUUCGAACUUUGUUACCACGCAAUUCAUGUAACAAAUUUCGACGCUCCCAAAUGUAUUAUAUCAAACGAUACCAAGGCAAGUGUCGAUAAACUCAAACCAUUUACGCUGUAUCAGUUUAAAGUAAGGGCUAUUCGAAACAACACAAGUGAAAGCCGUUUUUAUAGUGAAUCUAUAGAAUGUUAUACAAACGAAGACAUUCCUGGAAAGGUGGAAGAACUACAAUGGUUUUUGGUAAAUAAUUCGAAGGUACUUGUUGCAUGGAAAGAGCCGAGCAGCAUAAACGGCAUAAUACAAAAUUACUUUGUCAUAUAUACUAUGGAUUUAAUGGAUUCAACGACCACGUGGAGAAACGUGACAGUAUCUGGUAAUAAGACUUCGACAGUUUUACUUGGCUUGGCUCCAGGAACACGAUAUUUCGUUAUGGUUCAAGCUAUGACAAAAGCCGGUUAUGGUAAACCUUCCGAUUCUAUAAGUAUUAUCACCAGUCCAUCGAAAAUACCGAAUCCGCCGGAUAAACAAGAACCACCGCAAAACAUUAAACCAGAUCAGAGUCUUGGUGUAAUUCUUGGUGUAAGCAUAAGCAUUGGAUUUAUCACAAUCUGUCUAUGUAGUAUGUAUUGUCGAAGAAAGUGGGAGAAUGCUCGUGUUUUAAGAGAUAACGCGCAAUCGACUAAAGGACGUUCUUUAGUACGAAAUGGUAACAGGUGUUGCGUGGAUCAAUCGUCUACGUCAGUAAGCCAGCAAAUGAAUUCCAGAGUAACGCCUAAUGAAAUUGAACUUGCUGUUCUCUGUCCAUCGACUCCGGUUACAACUAAUCCACAUUUGGACACGAAGGGUGGAAAGUCUAAUGGAAUUCUUGAAUCGUGCGCGAAGGAACCUUUAUUACCAUCAUGGGAAAUAAACGGUGAGGCGAAGGAUGUUGAAAUAACAAAAAACUCGCAGUACAAAACACAGGACAGCGUUGUUUUCGUUAAAGAAAAGCAGGAGCAAGAACCAGAGCCAGAUUUGGAAGGCACGCAGCUAACAAUGGUCAAUUGUACUUUAGGCAGUAGCAGUAGUAGUUUAAACAACAACUCGGGAUGUCCUGAUGGAGACACAUCUUUGUCGAAAGCUAUGUGUAUAUCUGUUCCAGCGCUUGGACCAAACGGAUGAAAGCAUUAGGCAAUACAAUCGACUGUUCACACUUUCCUUCUCUGUUAAUGUGCAACAGGUAGGACGCAAAAGUUUU